UAGUAGACCUUGUCUUUUUCUAACGCUGGACACCAAAACGCAUAGACCUCUACGCAUCACUACCAAGGCUCAUUCUCUUCUGGGACUCUUAUUUGAAACAAACGAAACAGAAUCUGACUUUUUUCUUCCUUUUAUUAAAACAUGUACUCCAUGCACACUAAGAGUUUAGAGGAGCGUUGCCAGCGGAUCCUUCAGGAGAUGGAAGGCUCUCUCACAGCCCGGGACCGGGUGGGCAUUCAGGACUUUGUGCUGUUGGAUGCCUACACCAGCGAGACCGCGUUCAUGGACAACCUCAGGAAACGCUUCAAUGAGAACCUCAUAUAUACCUACAUUGGCACACUACUGGUAUCAGUUAAUCCAUAUAAAGAGUUGGGUAUCUAUACCAAGAAACAAAUGGACAUUUACAUGGGAGUCAACUUUUUUGAGCUGCCACCUCAUAUCUAUGCACUUGCUGACAAUGUUUACCGGACCAUGAUUAGUGAAACAACCAACCACUUCAUCCUCAUCUCUGGUGAAAGUGGUGCAGGCAAAACUGAGGCCUCUAAGAAAGUACUGCAGUUCUAUGCAGUGAGCUGCCUCAGCACUAGACAACUGGACAAUGUGAGAGAUCGUCUCCUUCUUUCCAAUCCGGUUCUGGAGGCUUUUGGAAAUGCCAAAACCCUGAAAAAUGACAACUCAAGUCGUUUUGGAAAAUAUAUGGACAUACAGUUUGAUCAUCAGGGAGCUGCAGUUGGUGGACACAUUUUAAGCUAUUUACUUGAGAAGUCAAGAGUGGUCCACCAAAAUCGUGGAGAGAGGAACUUCCAUAUCUUUUAUCAAUUGGUUGAGGGAGGGGAAGAUGAGCUUCUUCGCUGGCUUGGUUUGGAGAGAAACUGUCAAAAUUAUCGCUAUCUUAUUCAGGGUGAAUGUGCCAAAGUGAGUUCCAUCAAUGACAAGAGUGAUUGGAAAACAGUACAGAAAGCUCUUACCAUCACUGAAUUUAGUGAGAAGGAUAUAGAGAAUUUGUUUGCGAUCAUUGCCAGUGUCCUUCAUCUUGGCAAUGUUCAUUUUGAGGCCAAUACCAUGGGUUAUGCCACAAUAAACAGCAGUGUGGAAAUACACUGGUUGUCAAAGUUACUGGGCAUCCCUUCAAACAUGUUACAGGUGGGUUUAACUCACAGGAAGAUUGAAGCCAAAGCAGAGGAGGUUCUAAGCCCCUUCACUGUUGAACAUGCAAAAUAUGCCAGGGAUGCACUUGCCAAAGCCAUCUAUGGCCGCACAUUCACAUGGCUUGUUAAUAAGAUUAAUGAAUCACUGGUAAACAAGGAUUCAACCAGAAAGACAGUGACUGGAUUGCUUGACAUCUACGGAUUUGAAGUGUUUGAUGUGAACAGUUUUGAACAGUUCUGCAUAAACUACUGCAAUGAAAAGCUUCAGCAGCUUUUCAUCCAGCUCACCCUCAAAUCAGAGCAGGAGGAGUAUGAGAUGGAGGGAAUUGAGUGGGAGGCAGUGCCAUACUUCAACAACAAGAUCAUCUGUGACCUGGUGGAGGAGAAACACAGGGGCAUCAUAUCAAUACUUGAUGAAGAAUGCAUGCGUCCCGGAGAGGCCACAGAUUUCACAUUCCUGGAAAGAUUGGAGGAGAAAAUGUGUGGUCACCCCCAUUUUGUCACGCACAAACUGGCUGACCAGAAAACACGUAAGACCCUGGAGCGAGGGGACUUUCGUCUCCAACACUAUGCCGGAGAGGUCACUUACUCUGUAAUUGGAUUUCUUGACAAAAAUAAUGAUCUGCUGUACAGAAACAUUAAAGAGGUUAUGCGGCAGUCUAAGAACACUAUUAUCCAGCAUUGCUUUCCCGCUAUAGAACCUGAUGGCAAGAAAAGACCUGAGACGGUGGCCACCCAGUUUAAAAGCAGCCUUGCAGGCCUCACCGAAAUCCUCAUGUCCAAGGAGCCAUGGUACAUACGGUGCCUGAAACCCAAUCAUUGCAAGCAGCCAGGUCGCUUCGAUGAUGUCAUGGUGAGACAUCAAGUCAAGUACCUAGGGUUAAUGGAGCACCUGAGAGUCCGACGUGCUGGGUUUGCUUACAGGAGAAGAUACGAAGUCUUCCUUAAAAGAUAUAAGGCUCUAUGUCCGGACACAUGGCCACACUGGAAGGGAACACCAGAAGAGGGAGUGCAGCAACUCAUCAAACAUCUUGGCUACAAACCAGAUGAGUUCAAGAUGGGAAGGACCAAAAUCUUCAUUCGCCAUCCCAGGACUCUUUUUGCCACUGAGGAUGCAUUUGAAGUCUGCAAACAUGAACUGGCCACAAGAAUUCAGGCAAAAUACAAAGGCUAUAAGGUGAAAGGAGACUAUCUGAAGCAAAGAGAAGCAGCUACCAAGAUUGAGACAUGUUGGCGGGGACUUCAAGCCAGAAAAGAGAGGGAAAGAAGAGCCUGGGCUGUUAAAGUCAUCAAGAAGUUUAUUAAGGGCUUCAUGAACAGGAAUCAGCCUGUGAGCAUGGACAACUCUGAAUAUCUGGCUUUUGUCCGACAGAGCUACCUUACUCGACUCAAAGAUAAUCUGCCAAAAUCAGUAUUAGAUAAAACCAGCUGGCUGACUCCUCCACCCAUAAUGCAAGAGGUCUCAGUGCUCUUGCGUAAGUUGCACACACGUCUCCUCGUAAGAAAGUAUGUUCGAGGGAUCAGUGCACGGCGGAAAGCACAGCUGCAAAUCAAAGCAUUGACCAGUGACCUAUUCAAAGGCAGAAAAGAGAACUACCCUCAGAGCAUAUGCCAACCCUUUGCUGACACCAGGAUAAGUGAACAGGACAUAAACAUCAAAGUCUUGCAGCUGAUUUGUACUGAGGGCAUUAAGUACAGUGUUCCAGUGAUUAAGUAUGACAGAAAUGGCUUUCGGCCACGCUUCAGACAGCUGAUCUUCACUCAGGCUGCUGCGUAUCUGGUGGAGGAAGCCAAAAUCAAACAGAGGGUGAAUUACAGCUCACUAAAAGGGGUGUCUGUCAGCAAUUUAAGUGACAACUUCCUGAUACUCCAUGUCACAUGUGAUGACACAAAGCAAAAAGGGGAUCUGGUCCUGCAGUGCAACUACCUUUUUGAGGCAUUGACCAAUAUGUGUGUUGUGACAAAAAACCACAGUCUUGUUAAAGUUGUCCAAGGGAGUGUGAGGUUUGACAUCCAGCCAGGCAAAGAGGGGUUUGUUGAUUUUAAGAGCAGCAGUGAAUACAUGGUCUACAGAGCCAAGAAUGGACACUUGAUGGUGGAAUCUGCACGGACAAAAUCUCGAUGACCUUUGAAUUAAGGGUUGAAUCUCACUAACCUUCUCAACCACGGCUCAUUUAAUACACUUCAUUCAAGUUUAGAUGGAGUUACACAAAUGACUAAUUUUUUUGAUACCCCUAGAGGAAACUACACUGAGUAGUACAAUUUUAUUAAAACAGAUCAUGAAAUAUCACUGUAAUGUUUUUAUUUGUAUAGUGUCUAAUGAAUUAAAUAGUGUAUUUCUUUGACUAUUCUGUACAUUAAGUAUUUGCUGUUUAUUUUAUACGUUUAUAUUUUGAUUUAAAGCUCAAGUAUGUAAUUUCCAGAGACUAUUCAGCAGAGAUGGGCCACUUCUGUUUAAAUGAAUCUAAACCAAGAUCUAGCGCCCAACGGUCAACGGAUGUAGAAAGGAAGUCUUGCAGGUAAAAGAGCCAAUCACCUUUUAGAUACGGACAUCAUCUGCCAAUCAACUUGCUAGUGCGCAUACGCAUUAGCUGUAAAAGCCGGGAAAAUUGAAUGUUUUAGCGUAAUAUGAGGUAAAGAAUCUCAAUUUAUGUUAUCGCGUCUGCUCUAUUAGACACAAUUGACCGGCAGCAGCUGUUGGUGGAUAUUAACUUUUUUUUUAUGAAGAAAUUACGCAAACUCUGAUUGCAAACGGCUGUUUUUAAUUUACAAAGUGCUGUUGCUAUAAAAGAUAUGAGGUCAAAUAUGAUCUAAUGAUGAUCUUAUAUGAUCAAGUCCACCAUAUAAGAUAUAACAGGAGGAACAGGACCCGUCUCCACCACCGCAGCACAUGGACUAGUGUUUGUGAAAGGAUAAGUGAAUAAAAAUAAUAUCAUACAGCAAAUGAUGUCUUUGCAUUUAUUUUGAAUGCAGUAAAUAAUAUUGUUCAAUAGAAACAGCUGUUAUUAAGUUUUGAUAUGGAAUAUGAUCAUACUGAUGUAAAAUAUUAUUUAUUGUAUGUGGGUUCAUAAUUUAAGCAGUUAAGACACAUAUUGUAUGUCUGAUGAUAGUUUUCAUUUCCAAGAACCUAAAUUCUUAGGCUUUAGAAACGUGUUAAACAUGUGAGUAUGUGUUUUCAGCAACCUGCUACAUGUCCGACAUAAUCAUACAGGCUCAAUGAACCAAGUUUAAACUUGUUUUGCCGAUAUUUCAGAAAUGAACCUGCAUAAUUUCUUCACUGUAAACCAUAGAUAAACCAUUUAUAAUAACAUUUAUUAACAGUAAAAUGCAUUAUUAAAUUCUAUAAAGCUUAAAAGACUAUUAACCAUUGAAAUCUGCUGCUCGAAAGAACCCGGAAGCAUGGUUUCCUGCGGUGUGACACCAGAGUAAUUUGUCUAUAAAGUGGAUGCAAUUUAAAGUAUGUUGCUUUUUAAUGAAAACAAAUAUGAUAAACAAAACACUCAGUGUGCCUGUUAUUUAAUUCCCCCAUGAGACAUGGCUUUCCAUAAAUGUUUUGUUUAACAAAGACACAUAUUUUCGAUAUUUCCCAAAUAUGAUACCAAUCACACAUCCCAUACAGAGACUGCAAUGUCAGAAUUUUGGGAAUAUUCACAUAUAAUUUAUACACAUAAAAACAUGAUAUUAAAGAUAAAAAAAAAUCUAACAUUUUAAAAGAGAACAAAACAUCACAGUUGUUUAAGCCAGUGAGCAUUAAGCUGUGUUGUCAGCAAGUCAUUUCCCAUUGUGCUUGCAGUUCGUGCAACUUGGAAAAAGCAACUGCGCCGCCUGCCUUCUACAACUGCAGCCGCCUCGCUCUCGCAAAAGUAUUUAUGAUAUCACAGCAAGUCAGACAGAUUUCUAACUGGAGAUCACCAGUGAUCGGUUCUGUGCAGAACUUGCUCAUCUCAAAGGAGCCUAAUAAAAUGCAUGCUGAUUUUUCUUCAAACAAGCCUGAUGAAAUGCAUGCUGUUGUUUCUUCAAUCAUUGGAUUGGAUCAUAAGCAGAGAACAUGAAACAUAAGUAGCCUGCUGUCACUCACAUAUCGCAUGUUUUAAAAAUGCACUCUUUUAACAUUUUAAAAUAUGUUUUUCACUGUAAUGUUCUAAUUGCAAAAUAGACUGCAGAAGAUGAAAGUUUAGAUUUUAAGCUUUCAUUUGAUACCAAGUAUGUGAACACUGAUGACGUUUUUAAUAUAAUACAGAGCAUUUGUUUUUUAAGCCACACUCAAAUGGCCCACCUGUUGGCCAGUGACCGUUAACAGGUUUAAAAUCGGCAUGUAAGACGGCCUCUGUAGUACCCCCAUUUUCACCUACAGUCACCAAAAUUGGUACAUGCAUAGUUCUCAUCAAGCCAGACAACUUUAAUAAUUAUAGUCAUUAGGUCCGCCCAACAGGAAGUCGGCCAUUUUGGAUUUUUUUAUUAUUGCGGUCUCUGAACUUUUAAAUACUCCUCCUAGGGGAUUCAUGAGACUGUCACCACAUUUAGACAAAUUAUGCCAAGACACUGAAUUUGUGAACAGAUUUUUGAUUUAUCGAACGGCGUUGCCAUGGCGUGGCAUUAAAUUAAUGGCUAAAAAUGGGAAACAGGAAGUGUCUCAAAUCUUCUGUUUACAAUGUGUGAUUUAGAUCAAAAUUUAGAUGUAUGUUUAGUUUUGGGGGAUAAUCACAUGGAUGUGACUAUUUUGGGUCACGUUCAUAGUGUGGCUCUUACAACAGACUUUAAAAUAGUCCUCUUAUAUUUACCCGAAUUGCUUCAAAAUUGUUAAGAAUAAUGUCAAAUGCCAAAUGCAUGUGUCCACCUUGCAUUGUUUACUGAAAGCCACCGGGUGGAAAUGGACCCAUGCAGCUUGGGCUUGUCAUCGCUGCUUGCAGCUUUAUUUUACAUUGCAUUCUGUAGCAACUCGCGAGUGGACGCUUCAAUCAUCAUACUCAAACCACGAGGAUAUAACUCCACGUAUACAACGAAUAAACCAGUUAUGUUCUGUAAUUGGACUCUGGGAUGGAAAUGUUUCUUUAUUUGGAUAUUUUUAAAUGGAUCUUAUAUCAUACAUGGAGAUUCUAAUGAAAUUACAUGAAAGCAAUGUAAUUGUUAUCUUCGCAAAUACUCUGUGUAAUCUUUACUUGGAAUAUACAUAUUUUGUGACAUACUGUAUACCCCUGUCUUG